ACCAAUAUCGAACGUUGCAUUGUUAUGGUUCCUAUUCAGAAAGCCGUUACCUUGAAUAUUGAACUAGCACGACUGCAGUUUACAAGUUACUUCUGUAACCAGUGGUCCCUAACUUUAGAUCCUAUUGACUCACCUACUUUAGCGUAGCUAAUUCAAUAUUUUUUUCGCUUUUUUCUAAGCAGUGUUUUCCCUAUCGAUUUUAAGAACAACCCGAAGUACAUUCAAUCUACAAUGAUUCCCAUUUGGUUCUUCGCUAUUGAUUUCAGCGUAUACAUCUAAAACCGAUGUACGAGGCAGUAAUACGAAUGAAUACGAUAGCCAUCAAACAAAUUGAUCGAGAAUUGUAAUUGCUAUAAGAAAUUGCUUAGUACGAACAACAACUUAGAGGUUUGCACGCGUUUAUUUACUAUGGUGAAAGGAUGCACACUUCUAAUAAUAAUUAUUAUCUUCAAACGAAAAAAUUGCGUUUUUACACAAAGCAGCCUUCGUGGCAUCUCUCUCCAUAUGGACUAGAUGAAGCAUCAGAGAAUGGCCGUUGUGGAAAGGACGGCUCAAGGGUGAGAGGAAAGAAUAACCGAAAGGGCGGGAAAGAAACCGGAUCAGUGCUGUGAGUAUCAUCGAGUCCUGUAUCGAUGAAAUAAAUAGUAGACUCGAAGCAGGCUCAGAUCAAGCUAGAAGAAAAUAAAAGAGCCUUUUGGACUUUUCGUACAAGGACAAUUAGUACGACGCUGUAGUACGCGGUAGUACACGAUUAGCUGAGGUCCACAACGUAGUUCAGUAUAGAGUGAAACAGGUAGGCGGUCGUUUUCCCCUAAGCAGAUGUGCUCGUCUUUGACGGAACCUGGUCUUUGGACCUACAUUCCUAUUUUACCGCGCACCUAUGCUAUAGUCAGUGAACUUGUUAUAUGUAGUAGUACUAAUAGUAGAAGCGGGAUUCUCGGAACCGGGAAUCAUGCUAUAGCGAUGCUAAAGAAAGGGCUGUUCUGUGUUUGAUGUCCAUAAAUGAAUUGCUAAAAUGUUUAUUCGUUGCAUAGUGUUAACGAUGUGUUGACGUUAUUGUUUUCUGGAUUAGCCACUUUGUGCAACUACAUUGUCAGCAUUUUCAACAAUUAAUCUCAGAUAAACGCAUAAUGACUAUUAUCUUGUACGGUUUAUUAAAUACACCGAUUUUUCACGAUAAAUGACAAUAUAUAUAUACUAUUUUCAUAGAAUCUAACAGUUGUUUUGCUUGCCAAAUGCGUUUGGUCCAUACCAGGCUGUUCAGAGCAGAAGGAAUAUCAUGGCAGAUCGCUUGUUAAUUGGCCAUUCGACUGCCGCUGCCUCGGCUAUGUGGAACGAUGAUGACGAGUCGUUACACAUUUUGACUCUACUGGGAAUGAGAGGACGUAACGAUCAGCACAGAAUGGGAAAGUUCAAUAUCUCCCGUGCCAGGUUCCGCGGAGAAGGAAACUCCAGCCUUGUUCUCGCCUUUGAGGAUCAUCCGUAUGUGAUUAAACUAAAAAAAGUGCCAAUUUCCGACGUCGAGAAGCACCGAGAUUCAGGCGAGAGCUUUGAUCGUGCUGGAGUUGCCGGUCUCUCGCGUUCGACGAGGAAUUUGUUAUCACUUAACUGUAUAGAAAGUUCAAGUAAUUGCCGAAUUGGAUCCGACCAAGUAUCAGCUGAUGACUACUGGCUCUCUAUGCACAAGUACCAAAUCUCUUUUAUAAAGAAUGUUGCCGUACCCCUGUUAGGAGGAUCUCUGGUCGACGUUCCUGCGUUGAUUAAAAUCAGCCGAAGUGAAUUAGCUGCAUUGCUCGCAGAGUCCCGCAAAGAUCGAGCAGCGCAUCGGCUGAUGAAAGCUCCUAGCCCCCAAUUGGGCUGCGGUUUGAUUUUCCCUGAUUGCUGCAUAUUCAAAUCCAGCUUUAGAGCAGUCGAUCCCGAGCAGGCUCGCUCAGUCAUCAGCGGCUUUCAAAAAACGCGCAAUUUGGACAAAGCUUGUUACGAUGCGGGUCACGUUAUUACUGACGGAAUGGCGAUACCUGUGCUAGGGCCAGUCAUCAGUAUUGAAAUAAAAGCAAAAAUGGGAUUUCUGCCGCUACCAAUAAAGAGCGACGCUGCGUGCACAGUGCCUCUUGAUGUGAUGACACGUCACUAUCCAAACACGAAAGAAUCGUCCGAAAUAUCGUCGGCAUCAUCCUGUUACAACUCGAGUAACAGUCCUCCGGGUGUGAGCCAUCCAUUGAAAGCUCACUCUCCCUAUGAUCUAUGUCCAAGCAGUGCGUCUCAUUGUCAGACUUCAGCGUCUCUUCAAUUAGAGAAAACUCGUUUGAGAUCGCGUUUGUGUCGUUUUCAUAUGGUUCAGCAUCACAAGCUUCGCCAAGGUCGAAUUCAGCACAUCAGCAAUUACUGCCCUCUUGACCUAUUUAGUGGAUGCCCGGAGCGGAUGAAGUCCGCUAUUCUCGAACUGUUGCAUAACCCACAAAAUAAUCUGCGCCUGUUCCGAAAUCGCCGUCUCAUAUUUGGUGGAGAACAUCAGAAGCUAGGACACGACCCUUUCGGAAUUAUACGUCUAUUCGAGAAUAUGCUGUUCGACUUCCUUCCUGGCCACAAGCCCCAUGUUAACAGUGGUACGAAAUUAAGUUGCAACGAUCAGCAUACAGACACAAUGUUGACUACCCAUGCUAUUACUGGGUCUACCAGACGCUCGGAUGCUUUUACCACUGAGAAUACCUUUUAUAGCAAUGAUCAUCCGUCUACGACAGACAAAAACUUACAACAGCUCGAGCACCAAAGUGUUAUGGAACGUGCUCUGAGCAACGGGUGUGACGUGAGCGAAAACAGUGGAGAUACACUUUCAGCCCAGAACCAGAGUUGCCAUGACAAACAUCCAGUUGAAACUACACAAUGUUGCCAACUGACUCAUGGCGACGUUGACAAAAACGUCGACGAAAGCAAAGGCAUCGAUAGUGAACCUACAGUGUCAAAAAAAUCGGCCCAGUACGAAAGCUCAGUAAGUCAUCUGUGCAAUUUGAUUCGGUUAGCCUUAUGUUUUCCCUUACAAGAAGAUCGAUGCCAGGAAAUUCUAUCUGGGAGCGUUCGUCUUGAGACACGAUACUGCAAAUACUCAACAAAGUGCAGCUGUUACGAUGUGACAUAUAAUUAUCCAGAGACACGAUUUUUUAAAAAAUCCGCCUCCUGUGAAAAAAACAAAAUGUGCGAGGCCAGCAUUCAUGGCGAUAAAAAGCCGCUCUUAAGACACGACAUCCCUCACGGUUCAGUACUUUAUCGAGUGCUGCAGGCUCAACAACUCUGCUCAGCAGAUGUGUCAACGGUGCAUAAAGCUUUCUAUGAGGACCAUCGGCCAGAAGACUUUGUGGAAGGAAGAUUUCCAUGGCCGGCCAUACCUUGUAAUCCCGAAUGUCUGACAAAUAACGAAAGAACGCCUCACGAGACGAUGUCACAAUUUGCCUCAAGGAUUCUCUGGAAGCAUCUGGUUGCCCUUACUGCUCGCGAUUGUUCCUUGAUGCUCACGAUGCAAAAAAUCGACAUUAGCAGGUGGACUGGAAACAUAAGCGAUUCUCGAUUGAAUAUAUUGGACUAUGGCGACGAGCGAUACCUGCUACAGAUCGGGAUCGUUGACCUGGAGCCCAAAGCGCUCGACAGAAUACCCGAGCACAUGCAUGACGACCUUGCAAUGGCAAUGAAUUUCUCCCUCGCAACGACCUAGGUAUAGUUGCUCAGCUUCUGUUGUGUGCUUACGUUAAGCCAUCUACAUUUUGAUAUGUAAAUAUAGUUUCAAUUGUAAAUACGACUAAGAGUGAAGGCUACGUUUUGAGCUCUAAAAACAUGUGGCCACAUAACAAAUACACCUAACAGUGAAACACCGUGCAUAGAAUCAAGGCAGAGUGAAUAAAAGGUCCUUAGCAGUAAAACGAAAUUAUAGUUCUAAAAAGUGCUGUAAGAGGACUUCCUGUAUAAGCAAUCACCCGUAAAACUCAAGAUGAUAAACAAUGUGUACUUUAAGAAUAUGCUUUUUAUGAGGCGGUUUCUCAGUGAACUACAGAAAACGUAAAUUCAUGGUAAACGAAUAGAAUCUCCGAAGGAAUAAUAUAAACCGAUUAUUCUUAACGAAACGAUAGCGGUCAGGAAUUGUUAAUUUUCAUUGUUCGCCAGUACAUUUCAGGAAAUUAGAUAUUCAAUAAACGCGACCCUUUGGAUUUGGACGCUAAAAGAUUGAAGUUCUCAAAUUGAUAUUAGCUUUACUACUACUACUACGACUACUAGACCCAUUAGCUAUAUGGUACCUUUUUAUGGGCUAUUCCUAAAACUCCUAAAAUAUGGCCUGCUAAGUAUCACUGUGUCCAUGGAGGUCUGAUGCAAUACGAAGAGUUUAUGUGAUGUGUAUAUGAGUGUAUCAACAAAGAUGAUUGAUAAAAUGUCUUUGUUUCAUUCGUUAUUUACCAGCUUUUUCAAAAGUCUUGGCACACACAACCCAGUGUUUGGGAUGCAAACUAUAUAUAUACAUAUACGAAUUAUUCUCUGAAAGCAUUUUUUUGUCUCCAACUUAUAUUAGCAAUUCUGAUGGCUAAUGCAUCGAUGACUAGU